AUGUCUCCUUUCAGUGUUUUGGCGAUUGUGGCCCUAUUUAUUACUGAUAUCAAUGCAAUCUUCCAUGGAAGGGACACAGAUAUCAAGGAUGCUCCAUUUGCAGUAAUGAUUCAUGACAGUCGAGAUUUAGACGAGUUCACAGGUCUAGUAUGCGCUGGCACAAUCAUCAGCAAAAGAUAUAUUCUCACUGCAGCUCAUUGUCUUGGAGAGCAUAUAUCGGAUGACGAAAUCGAAUACGAUUUUAAAUGGCUACGUGUUGUGCCAGGCGUAACCUCUUAUCAAUGUGGAGUUAAAACAUACGAGGUAUUGACGGCCUAUAUUCAUCGGGACUUUACCGGGGAUCUAAACGACAAUAAGGAAGUCCGCGGAGAUAUUGCCAUUCUAAAGCUCAAGGAGGGAAUAAUCCUGGGGCCGACGAAACGACGUAUUCGCCCUGCGACAGUCGUACCACCGCACGAUGCUGCUGGUAUCAUAUAUGGCUGGGGGGACACUCUACCUGAUGAACCAUCUUUUUCUCGAAUACUUCAGAGUUCCAUUCAGAGUGUCUAUAACUACGAGUAUUGUAAAAAUACUGAUCCAGAAGCCCCUUUUCGUAAAGAUGAGCUGUGCAUUAAGGGCAAUACAGGGAAUACAUUUUGUCGGGGCGACAGUGGCGGUCCUGUCGUAGUGAACAAACGACUUGUUGGUAUCAUUAGUCAUGCAUAUGAGUGCGGAAGUGAUGAGCCAGGUGCGGUUACCAAUGUUGCUUAUUACAGUGAAUGGAUCAGCGACGUCGUCGGGGGCGGAGGGCCAUCUAAACGGCUUCCGUUUACAAGAAAACUUAGAGCAAGUAGAAGUCACUGCCACGUUUACGUUAUGACAGUCUAUGGAUUGUUUCCUCUGGUUGUCGUCUCCUGUUGUUCUCCUCUGGCGACUGUCUUCAUCAAUUAA